CGAGCCGAAUGAGAGAAAAACGUCAAAUACGUAUACAAGAAUAAGGUAUAUUUUCCUCGUUUAACAACACAUGUGCGAAUUGUACGCAAUUUAGGCUUUCGACUGACUUUGUAACCAUACUGUCCGUGUCAGCUUUUCUUAUACGUCUCCAUCUGCUUCGCUGUGGUCGUCUGUAGGCCUAUUUAUUAGAAAAUGGAAGAAAGACACAAGAAAAUUCUUCAGCGAAACAGGACCAAUCUCGUCACAGAAAUGGACCCCUCAAGCCUUUAUGACUGCCUUUUUGAAAAAGGAGUUUUCACACACGACAUGAUUGAUGCGAUAAAAAGCUCAGGGACCCGGCGUGACCAGUCCAGACAAUUAGUACGGGACCUGGAGACCCGUGGGAGUCGGGCCUUUCCGUUCUUUCUGGAGUGCCUUCAGGAGACCGGUCAGCACAGUUUGGCAGAGAAGCUGCAGAAUGGAGCUCCAGCUGUUCAUGUACAUCCAACACCAACUCCUGUUGUUCUCCCUGAUAUACGACCUCUCCCAGUUACCCCUCCUGUGGAUAUUGAUAAGCAAAGAAAAGACAAUGUUCCUGUCUCUCCAGCACAGAAAUGUGAUACAACUCCAACGCCAUCACCUGAAAGCGAGUUCAUAAGGCCCAGGCUGCCCAGCAGAACUCGCCGGGAUAGCAUACAGAGCUAUAAAAUGGAUGCGAGCCCAUGUGGACAUUGCCUCAUAAUAAACAACGUGGAGUUCGAUCCUGAGAGCGAGCUCAGCAAUCGCAAAGGGUCCAACAUAGACUGUGAUAGGCUGGAGAGAAGAUUCAAGGCGCUCAAUUUUAUUGUGGAAGUAAAGACGAACCUAAAACAAAGACAAAUCAAACAUGAACUGUCAGCUUUAUCUAAGAAGGAUCAUUCACUUUAUGACUGCUGUGUGGUUAUCAUGCUAUCCCAUGGAACUGAGGUGAGUCACAGCCGCUUCCCUGGUGCUGUAUAUGGUGUGGACGGGCAGUUUGUCACGGUACAGUGCAUCACAAACUACCUCAAUGGGCAGCAUUGUCCAUCUCUGCAGGGCAAACCCAAACUCUUCUUCAUCCAAGCCUGUGGCGGAGAUGAAAGAGACACUGGUUUUGAGGUGUCUCCUGAUGGGUUUGAACCAUCCUUCGGGGGAGCCGAUGAUCAGACCGAUGCCAUGCCCAUGUCGUCCAGCAGCGACUCUCUGAGCACGUCAGAUGAGCCGGAUGCCCGAGCAACGCUGCCCACCCCGAGUGACAUUUUAGUGUCCUACUCUACUUUUCCUGGUUAUGUAUCUUGGAGAGAUACCCAGUCAGGCUCUUGGUAUGUAGAGAUACUGGACCGUGUUCUUGAGGAAAAUGGUGCCACUGAUGACUUGGCCACAAUGCUGAUGAUGGUAAACAAUGAAGUCUCACAAAUCUCUGCAAAAGGCGUCUACAAGCAAAUGCCUGGUUCCUUCAACUUCCUCCGCAAACACCUCCACUUUCAGACACAAGCAUAACUGCCAAUUCCAACCCAAUACCAACCAGUUUCACUCUCAGGGAUUUUCAGCCAAUUUUACUAUUUCGUGGGACAUGACCAAUAUCUCUUUGGAUUUUGUCUCAUGGAAAUUGCAAAUAGUAUGCACUUUCUAAAUUGUGGUCUUUUACUGGUACAUUGAUGUCUUACUGUACUCUUAUAAUGUUUAAUAUGUUAAUGAACGUUUUGGACUAUUUACAUACUUUGAAAAAAUUGGCUUGUGGUGUUUUUUUUAUAUUCUUGCUGUCUUCUUGACCACAGCAGAUUCAAUUUGUACAUUUAUAAACAAUCAAUAUAAAGGAUUUUGCUGAUUCCUUUUA